AUGUCAGCAGCUCGCACAGCCCGUCCAUCGGAGGUCCAUCUAGUCGUCAUCAUCCAUGGCCUCUGGGGCUCGCCGGAGCACGUCAGUCAUCUGGCUAGCACCCUCCGAAAGAUCUCUGCCCAAUCCUCCGACAGCGCCACGCUCGACAUCCUCAUUCCCAACUCAAUUCAAUGGACAAACACGUACGACGGAAUCGACUAUUGCGCCGAACAUGUCGCCCAGGAGAUCGAUCAGAGAAGGUCACAACUAGAGAUGGAUGGAAAGGUGCUGACUAAAUUCAGCUGUAUCGGAUAUUCACUGGGUGGCCUCAUUUCUAGAUUUCUGGUCGGACUGUUGCAUUCGAGACAGCCGUCCUUUUUUGAAGAAGUGGAACCGAUGAACUUCAACACAUUUGCUUCCCCGUGGAUAGGCAUGCCCAAGUACAAGGGAAUCCUCAGCUCGACGAUCCACUUCUUCGGCUCGAGACUGUUGAGCCGGACGGGCAACCAGCUCUAUCUGACCGACAAAUAUCACCAAUUACCAUCAAUCACAUCUACCAAACUUACAGACAAAGAGUGCAAGAAGAAGUUUCCACUCUUGAGCCUUUUGGCCCACCCAGAGACCAACUUUUAUAAGGCCUUGGUGAAUUUCAAAGUCGUUAGAAUCUAUGCUAACGCAAUCAACGAUCGUACUGUACCAUUUGUCACUGGCGCAAUCGAGAAAUUUGAUCUCUUUCAAAUCGCACACCAGAUCUCAAAAAGAUCUAAAAUUGAUCAGGAUUUAACGGAAUUAGAAGCCUUAGAAAUCGGGGGUCUAGAACUAACAUUCAAUCGGGAAUGUGCCUCACUGAUUGAGAAAGUUCAACUGGUACAAGUUGAAUCUCAGCCCGAGAAACUCAAGAAAUCAGAGCCGAAGGAGGGGCCCAAGACGAGAAACGGAAACUGGAAAAAGAAGUUACCCAAGCUCCCGUUCUUCCUCAAACCGUCGACGUAUCCCUAUCGAGCGCCGCUGAACUAUGUAGCGGCGGGCCUAUCGCCGGUGAUUGCGCCGAUGUUCCUUACCUACAUCCUGUGUUCGUUCUGUUACCAAUCAUUCCAGUCCCGCCAGCGGAUCAAGAAGUACAACGUCGGCGAGCUCGAGAACCAUUUCUCCCGGCUGAGCCGGGUCGGCCUGCUCCAAGAGCUCCGCCAAGACCUCAUCGAGGAUCUCGCGGGGAUAGGAAACGAGCCUAGCCAGGAAGCCGAUCCUGUCACCGACCAAGCGGUCCCUUCCAGCACCCAAAGCUCCGGCCAAUAUGCGCACCCGGAACGCUCCGAAACCGAGCAGCUAAUCCAUGUCGAGACUCCAACGAGUGCUCUCCACCCUCCCGACCAACUCAGCUCAGUUGAUCAUCAAACCCAUCGGCUCGAGGGCACCCAAUACCUCACUUCUCUAUCCUCCGACACCAUCAAAUCAGUAACCCAUGAUCUCGGCCUGUCGCCUCUCCAGAUCGACAUGUUAGAUCGUCUGAAUCAACUACCGAACUUGACCAAAUUCUUCAGCUUCUUAGAUGGCAUCCCCAAUUCUCAUGGCGCAAUAAUUUAUCGCGUGGAUGGCUUAAGCGAUCGACGUGGCAAACGCAUAGUCUCGCAUUGGGCCGAGCGAUUCAUUUUGUAA